GGACACAGUUUACCACUUUGGAAGUGUCUCUCGCGCAAACUAUUCAGUUUAGAAAAAAAUGAUAUUAGAAACCUCAAUAUUAUUUUUACAGUACAUAUGGGGCUACUUUAUAGCACUAGUGCGAGAAGUAGCAUAUUACGUUACUGUGUCGAAUAUUUAAAGGGCCAUAUGUACUGUAAAACGUUGUACGAUACAUGUGCGAAUAGGUAAUUCGCAACUCGUGUCGAUUUAAAACUCUCCCUUCGGUCGUGUUUUAAUUUAUCGCCACUCGUUUCGAAUUUCCUAUUUUUCGCACUUGUAUCGUAAUGUACUAUUAAAGACCUAUCCAUAAUAGAUACCCCACACGUAUGGGUUUGAUGAAAAAAGAUUUUUUGAGUUUCAGUUCUAAGUAUGGGGAACCCCCAAAAUUUAUUGUUUUUUUCUAUUUUAGUGUAAAAAUGUUAAUGCGGUACAUAAAAUACAUCUACAUACCAAGUUUGAAUAGUAUAGCUCUUAUAGUUUCAGAAAAAGUGGCUGUGACAUAAUCGGACAGACAGACGGACAUGACGAAUCUAUAAGGGUUCCGUUUUUUGCCAUUUGGCUACGGAACCCUAAAAAAACAAUCAAACAUAGUAUACUCAUUUUAGGAUUAUUAGUAGUUAUAAAGAUAUUGAUGUUAAGCGAGUUGUGUCAGUAUUUUUCUAGGUUUCGUUAUAUAAAGACGUGGCAAUGUCGAAAGAUAUACAAGGAACUACCGUAGUAGUGACCGGCGGCGCGAGCGGCAUCGGAUUCGCGAUCGCCGACGCGUUCCUUCAGCACGGCGCCCACCGCGUCAUCCUUCUCGACCUCAACACUCAGCAGGCGGACCAGGCUACCACAAGUUUAAACGCCAAGCACGGAAACAAGGCUAAGUACAUUCAAUGUGACGUGACUAAAGACUUAGACAAAGUUACGAAGGUAAUUUUAGACACGUACAAAACGGUAGACGUAUUGGUGAACAGUGCUGGUAUUGUAAACGAAAGGAACCCGAGGAAGGUGAUCGAAAUAAACCUAACCGCGGUCAUAGAGUGGUCAUUGAAAUACUUGGAAAUUAUGAGAAUUGACCGUGGUGGAAAAGGCGGCACUAUAAUCAACAUGUCGUCAAUAUACGGUUUUAUGGUGGAUCCAUAUUUAACUGCGUAUAAAGCUUCUAAAUUUGGCGUCCUAGGUUUUACGAAAAGUAAAGGGCAUGUGUAUAAUUUCAAUAAAACAGGCGUGAGAAUCUUUGCCAUCUGUCCAGGAAUUACGUCUACGAAUCUUGUCACUGAUUAUAAAACUUGGGAAACUGAGGAGAAUCAAGAGGACUUCGUAGCAAUGUUCGAUGGGAUGCCGUGGCAGGAUGCUAACAGGGUGGGACAGGGGGCUGCAGACGUGUUUCAGAAGGCUGAUAGUGGAACAGCGUGGUUAAUACAAGGCAGAGAACCUAUUUCUGAAGUGUAAAAAGUUGAUUUUCGAUGUUUAUAUAUUAUGGAUUUGUUGUUAUAUACUUAGUAAUAUUAGUAAUACUAUCCCUACUAUAAUAUUUUAAAUGAGAAACUUUAUAUGUUUGUCUGAUACUUCUGUUAUGUUUAAACCGCUUCACCAAUUUAGGUGAGUUUUUUAUGGAAAUUGUUUGUCUCGGGAAAAUACAUAAGUAUGAUACUCGUAUUGCAGAAAUUAUAAUUUGAGGGAACGUAAAGAUGGGGGUUUAAAUGGACGUGGGACGUGAAAGAACUAAUUUUAUUCGGACGAAGUCUUGGGCAAACGUUAGUAUGUUUACUUUAUUCUUAUAUGGUUUAGUUUUUUCUCAUUUUUAUGGAGUUUGUGGACAUUCUAUGCGUUAAUAGAAACCCAACAAAAUCAUAAAUGGGAAAUGUCAUCUGGAAGUGGGUUAGGUUUUUUAUCUAUAUCAAUAUAUGUUUUUUUUCAAUGGAAUUUUCAAUAAUUUUCUGUUUUCAGAUUUUUUCCCCUAUAUACACCUAAUAGCCUACCUUGGUGCCAAAUUUCAAGUUUCUAGGUCAUCUGGAAGUGGGUUAAGUUUUUGAUCUUAUAGAUCAAUCAGUCACAAAAAUGCCGGUUUUUACACGUUAAUUUAUCAAUAACUGUUUAAGCUAUGUAUAUGAAAUUUUGUAUUUUAGACAAACUAAGGGAUAUGAAUAAAUGUGGCAAAUUUCAUGUGUGUAGGUUAAAUAGGUUUCAAGUUGUGAGGGGUCAAAAGUAGCUCGAAAUGGUUCGUGUAAUAUUACACACGGUUGCUGCGUCGCCAGUUCCUUUUUCUUUGAACUACCGCAUGUCUAGAUUACGUUCUUAGGGAUUUUUAUUAUUAUUUAUAUUCAGUCAUCGUUGAAGAAGUAACCACUAGGGAUCUUAUAAUCAGAAAUAAAUAUACAUGGGCAAGCAAAAA